AUAUAUUGAAGGAAGGAAGGAUCGUAUCGAUUCAAUAUCAGUUAUAGUUUAUGGUUAUAUUCCGAUGUAUUCGAUGGCUCUCCUCUCCAUGGAGAUAUAAUUGAAGAUAAAUUAAUAAAGAAGUUUCAUAUGUGUAAAAUAUAAAUACGUAAAACAGAAAACUAGUUUUUGGAAAAUCUAUUAAUACAACUAGCAUAUACGGUGAAAAAAAUGGAUGAAGCUAAAUUUCUGAAAAGGAAAGUAAGAUCUGGUACAUUGGAUGUCCAUCCAACAGAAAAAGCUCUGGUAGUAAAUUAUGAUGUUGAAGCACUGAUAUUAGGAGAAUUGGGAGAUCCUAUGCUUGGUGAUCGCAAGGAAUGUCAAAAAAUAAUUAGACUUAAAAGUUUAAAUGCGGACACAAAUGUUUCUCUCUUGGCCAAAGAGGUGAUUGAAAAAUGUUCAUUAAUACAUGAGUCAAAGCUACGUGAGGUUGAGCAGCUGAUUUAUUAUUUACAAAAUCGUCGGACCAAUGAUACCAGUAUAGGUAGUGAAAGUAACUCUCAGCUAUCAAGACCAACAUCGUCAAAUUCAGUAAUCAUGGAAAAUAAUGAAGUUGAACGUGCAGUCAUUAGUAAUGUUGAUAGCUAUAUUGAGUUGUUAUAUGAGGAAAUACCUGGCAAGAUUAAAGGUUCUUCAUUAAUAUUGCAACUAGCCAGAAUACCUGAUAAUCUUCUGGAAUUAACAAAAAAUGAAUCAUUAUUAAGUGCAUUAGCUCGGGUUCUGAGAGAAGAUUGGCGACGCAGCAUAGAAUUAUCUACAAAUAUCAUUUAUAUCUUUUUUUGUUUUUCCACGUAUAGCCAGUUUCAUAAUAUCGUGCUUGAAUACAGAAUUGGUUCUUUGUGUAUGGAUAUAAUCGAUUUCGAAUUACGUCGCUAUGAUCAAUGGAAAGAGGAUAUGGAAAAACGUCGAAAGCACUUUGAGAGUACCACUGGUUUAACAUUUUUCCCAACAGGGAAUAAUGACAAUUGUGAUAGGAAAAUUAAGAUUAUUGAUGAUAUUUGGAACAUGGAAGGCCCAUUAGAUUAUGAGGUCAAGAGACGUUCUACGGAAGUAUCCAUAACAGUAUCUGAAAGCGACGUUAAGAAAUUAAAAGAGGAACUCGAAAAGAGUCGUAAAAAAUUUAAAAGCUUAACUAAAAAACAGGAACAACUAUUGCGAGUAGCAUUUUAUUUACUCUUAAAUAUUGCUGAAAACGCUAUGGAAGUUGAGAGAAAAAUGCGUAAAAAAAAUGUUAUUGGUAUGUUGAUUAAAACAUUAGAUCGAGCAAACACCGACCUAUUAAUAUUGGUCGUCACAUUCUUGAAGAAAUUAUCCAUCUUUCGUGAAAAUAAAGAUCUCAUGGCAGAAGAAAAUAUUAUAGAUAAGUUACCAAGGCUUUUGCAAAACAAUAAUACAGAUCUUGUGUUAAGUACAUUAAAACUGUUAUUUAAUCUUUCUUUUGAUACCAAGUUGAGAGCACGGAUGAUUAGGGUUGGCAUGUUACCAAAAUGGAUAAAAUUACUUGGUCAAGCCGAUAUUAAAAGUAAAAGCACAAUUCUGGGGCUACUCUAUCAUGCUAGUAUGGAUGAUAAAGUCAAAGCGAUGUUUACAAAUACAGACUGUGUUCCAAUGAUAACAAGCAUGAUUUUGGUUUCUGAAGACGAUCAUAUCAGAUCUGAACUAAUAGCACUCGGUAUAAAUUUAGCCAUCAACAAUAAGAAUGCGCAAUUGAUGGUAGAGAAUAACCGUUUACAAGGUCUUAUAAAAACUGCAUUCAGAAAUCAGGAUGCCCUUAUAAUGAAAAUGAUUAGAAAUAUUUCUCAACACGAAUCAACUAAAGAAAAUUUUGUUGAAUUUGUGGGUGAUUUUGCUAUGGCUUUGACGCAAUCUGACUCUCAAGAUUUUAUAUUGGAAAUUAUUGGUGUAUUGGGCAAUUUGGAAUUGCCUGAUUUGGAUUAUUCACAAAUCAUUCAACGUUGUAAUCUCAUACCAUGGAUACGCAAUAAUCUAGUUCCAGGUAAGGCGCAAGAUGAUUUAGUACUCGAAGUUGUCAUAUUUUUGGGUACUGCAGCUUAUGACGAGGAUUGCGCUCGUCUGUUAUGUAAGGCUGACAUACUUCUCUCCCUUAUUGAACUUCUUAAAGCUAAACAAGAGGAUGAUGAAAUGGUUUUGCAAAUUAUCUAUGUGUUUUAUCAAAUUGCAAAACAUGAUUCGACGCGAGAUUACUUAAUUCGGGAGACUGGUAAUGAAGCCCCUGGGUAUUUAAUUGAUCUAAUGCACGAUAAGAAUCCUGCAAUCAGGAAAGUCUGUGAUACGUGUUUAGAUGUCAUUGCUAUGUGCGACAAGAAUUGGGCAGCACGUAUAAAGGUGGAGAAGUUCCGUUCGCAUAAUCAGCAAUGGCUGGAAAUGGUUGAAUCUACAGCAACGGAUUCGACUACUCACUUGUUACCGGACGAUGAUGACAGUUUAUCUCCAUUUAUGAGCGGUGACUUGUUAAAACAUACCAUACUAUUUCCCUCUGGUAACGCAGCGUCAUUUAAUGCAGACGAUGGAUUUUCAAUUAUGAAAAACUCCUCAGAGUCGUCUGAAAAUCCUAGUCGACCAGUCAGUAGGUAUCGAGAUCUCGAUGAAAUAGGUGAACUCAUGGCGCGUUCUAAGUCUCGCAUGUCCAUUGGUUCAGGUAUAGAAGAUUUAUAUUAUAAUUCUAGAAUGAAAUUCACUGAUUCAGAUAGCUCUCACGUAUUAAUAUGAAGAUUAAUUCAAAUGUUUCGGUGUAGAUAUAUGACUUAACUUCUCGAAAAGAUUUCUCCUAAAAUAUUUUACAUUAUACAUAAACGUCAUAUAUGUUUGAUGUAAAAGAGACAAAAACGUUUGCUACUAUAAUAUUUGCAAAAAUAUGCCUGCUUAAACUGAAGAUUUCAUUGUAUACACAAUAGACUGCUUUGAUCUCAUAGUUAAAUUAUAAUUUUAGUGCCUUUUAUUUUUUUAUAUAUAUAUUGAUUUAUUUAUGAGCAUCAGCUUUACACUGAUGCAUAGUUUUAUUACGUUGCAAAGUGACUAAUAGUAUCGAUUAAAUCUAUUCAGAUCUCUUUUAUCUUGUGAUAGGCUUCAGUCAGGAUAGUGUAAUGUAUAUGUGGUUAAAUGUGAAAUUAGUAUUUAUAAUAGCUCAAAGGUAUCUCUCGUAGAAUUUAUAUAUUAUUAAUAUAAAUUAAUGAAACAGACAAGUGGUGUAUGAAAAAGUAGCGAAUGAUUUAUAACAACGAUAAGAACGAUAUUUUAUUCUGA